CUGCAGCAGCAUAAAAAUGCUGACACAAUGGUGGCUUUGAUGAAGGUUUAUGAAGAAGAAGACGAAGCUUAUCAGGAUUUGGUCACCAUGGCAACACAGUUCUACCAGUAUUUACUGCAGCCCUUCAGAGACAUGCGAGAGCUGGCGACGCUGUACAAGCUGGAAAUCCUGAAAUCUUUGCAAUAUGAUAAUCUGGGGCCUAAAAGAGUAGCAGCUUUGCAGAAAGAUGCUGAAGAGUGGACUAAGCGAGCUGAGAAUGCUGUGUGCUCCAUUCAGGAUAUCACUGUGAAGUACUUCAAGGAAACUGUAAAGGCUCUGGCAGCAAUGCACAAACAGAUGGAACAAGAUCAGGAAAGGUUUGGUAGAACCACCUGGGCAUCAGCUUUGCCACGACUAGAAAACCUGAAAUGUAUGUUAGCUAAAGAAACCCUGCAACAUCUGAGGGCAAGAGAGUUGUGCCUGAAACAGAAGAGAGCUGUCAUUCAGAAGAACAUGGAGGAUCUCAGUGAACAAGAGGAGAACUUAACUGUAGUGGAGGAGCUGGAAAUACAGUAUUAUGAGACGCAGCUGGAAUUAUAUAAUGUACAGCUUGAAGUAUUGAAACAUGAAGAAAUGCUGCUUAUUGUACAGUUGGACACUUUAAAGAGGCAGAUUAAAGAGAAACAGGAUGAAGUUGUUUACUAUGAUACAUGUGAAAGUCCUGAGGAGCUCAAGGUCAUUGAACAGACCAUGGGACAACAUUACGCUAACUUGUCAGAAAUGACGAUGCUGAGGCAGAAGACUAAGCAGUUGGAGACAAAGCGUGGGACUGUCUGUGCGAGGAGAGCCUACCUCAGGAACAAAAAAGAUCAGUGUGAAUCCAGCCAUCGGCAGAGACUGCAGCAGGCAGAAGAGAGCAAAAAACGCUUCCAGCAGCAUCACAGCAUACAGAUAAAGAGAGACAAGCAAAAAGAGGAGGAGAAAAAGAAAAAAGCUUGGAUAAGCCAGGAACGUCAGAAAACACUGGAGAGGCUGAAAACAUUCAGGGAGAAGUGUCCAGCUCACGUUGUCCUGAAGACGUCUCGUGGCCAGGCUCUCGGUGCCCGGGUGCCACGGAGCAUGGCUCAGCAGGCUGCAGCCCCCGCCCCGCCGCCGAGCGCCAGGGCAGCUCCGCAGCAGCCACACAGCAUCCUGAGGGUGGACGCCGAGGAAUCAGACGCCUCACAUCAGAAUGCCCCAGCAGACACCCCCGUCCAGGUGUUUGUUACUGACGGUGGCACAGAGCAGAAACGGCACAGGGAGGGAUUGGUGGUCCCUCCAUCCUCACCACCACCUCCUCCUCCUCCUCCUCCUCCACCGCCUCCCCCCCCAGCUCCACCCCUACCUCUCCUGUUAAAGCCACCAGCAGCAGCAGAGGAUAAGCCACUUCCCCUUAGCUCCAGGAGCCCCACAGAAAGCCCUGUGCUGCACAAACAGGAUGACUCAUCCAGGAGGCCUAUAAAUAAUUACAUAGGUUCCAUGGAUGAGGUUUUGGCUUCUCUAAAACGUGGUGAAGUUCAGCUUCGCAAAGUGGAGCAGCCGAACCCGUACGCCUCUGUGAAAGACAACAUCCUCUCUGCCAUCAGGCAAGGAGUCAAGCUAAGAAAAGUGAGUCGAGAGCCUGAGAAAGAUGUCGGUAAAGGCUCCACCAGUGAGCUAGAGAGAAGCAUUAAGGCAGUCAUCCAGAGAAUUAAGAAGGUGUCUGCUGACUCUGAAGAAGAGGAGAACAAUGAUCAGAGCAAUGGCGAGUGGGACAGCUGA